UCCGCUCUGGUUUAAGAUAACUUAAGCCCUUCUGGAGCGAAAUAAACACAAAAUCUCCCUCUUCCCCCCCUCCCCACCCCUCUCUCCACUUCUUCUUGCAUAGCGGAGGAGAAAUUGGUUGCCGGAGAUGGUGAUCGCGGCCGAAGCUGAAUCGAGGAUUCGGAGGGAACCAUCGGCGAUGGCGGAGAAUCGCACUUCGCCGUCGACUUCGAAGAGUGGAGGCUCGAACUCCCGCCUUCAUAACUUCUCCUUACCGAGCCUCGGCUGGCGGAACCAGAGGCUUUUACGCUGCGUCAAUUUAUCCAGCGGGUCGACAGCCGAGGUGAUCGAGCCAGCGAUGCGGCGCUCCUUAUCGCCUUCGCUUGACGAAACUCGACAGUCGGCGCCAUCGCCGUUGAGGAAGCCUUUACGGAUUCGAGGACAGAAGCGAAGGAUUCAUGGCGAGGAGGAUGAGGAAUCUACGCCGGCUGCAGCUGUUUCGUUGAGACCGUGGAAUUUGAGAACCAGGAGACCUCCCUGCAAUGCUCCGGGGGAGAUCGGACAGAACUCGAAUCCUUCAUCUCCUAGAUCGCCAUCUCCCUCGCUUAUUUCUUCUCCUCUCAAUCAAGAAAAGAUUAUUAACCCGGUAAGGAUGCUUCGAUCGAGAUCGAAGGGGUUUGAGAAGGCGGAAAGGCGUAAAUUCUCGAUUCCCCUUUCGAAGGUAGAGAUCGAGGAGGAUUUUGUUGUGAUGAAGGGUACGAAGCCCCUGCGGAGGCCGAAGAAGAGGGCUAGGUAUCUGCAGAGGCAGCUCGAUGCUCUUUUCCCCGGAUCAUUGUUAACUGAAGUAAGUCCAGAUUUAUACAAAAUUGAGGUGAAAAGGAGUUGAUUGCUGAAACUUGAUCUUAUUAGGAGACGACUAGGAGAUUUCAGAUGUCCUGAUGUUCAUUGGAUUUCGUUGGGCGAGUUGGCUUUUUCACUGUAAUAAACCCCCAUUAAAGUGAGUUCGUCCCUGAUUCAACGAAGAAACUUCAACAGUAUCGCUUUAAGAAAAUUGCAUUUUUUUUUAGAUGCGGAAUGAUCCCCUCUUCUUGGUUUUAUUUGUUUCUUCUACGGUUUGAUCCUUGAAAAGAUGCGAGGCGUUCUGUGAUUUUUUUCUUACUACUGUAAAUUAUGGAUUUGUGGAACCGGAAAGUUACCCUUUUUAUAUUUUAUUUUUUCCCCCUACUCUUCCUGCAGUUUGGGAGAGAUUUUGUAUUUCAAUUUA